UAAGAAGCUAAAUGGUGUGUCAUCUAAAACAAGUAACAGCCUGUUGGAAUUAGAUACGUUUUAAGUUACAUCUGAAAUGUCACAAGCUCGAUACUAUGAGCCAAAUGCAGGACCACUGAGACUCGAACAUGACCACUUACAGAGAUUUUGUGAUAAGACAACUUUAUGAGAGUCAAAAUUCUCCCAAACCUCCUCCAGCCUCCUUCUCUCCAAUACAUGUGGAUGCUUACCCACGGGAUUUCAAGUUCAACCCAGUAGUUGGUUCCCCACCAGUCGUAUACCAGACUGACUUUCGCUACAAAGGCUAUCCAGGACACAGCUUUCUAAGCCCUAGAAUUCCUGUCAUUCACUCGCUAGAAGCAGCAAAACGAGCCGAGCAAAAAUAUGCUGAACACUACGGAAAACAGUCAUUAUUUGACCCAGCUUACCCACGGGAUUUCAAGUUCAACCCAGUAGUUGGUUCCCCACCAGUCGUAUACCAGACUGACUUUCGCUACAAAGGCUAUCCAGGACACAGCUUUCUAAGCCCUAGAAUUCCUGUCAUUCACUCGCUAGAAGCAGCAAAACGAGCCGAGCAAAAAUAUGCUGAACACUACGGAAAACAGUCAUUAUUUGACCCAGUGAAGCCCCGCCUGUACGACGGUAACCGAGGCGUACAGUACGGCAGCCAACGGACACACACACCUCCCCCGGCACCCAAGCCAACACAUAUACCGCCGUCUGUGAGGGCGGUGCCAUUUGGAGAAAAUAAAACGGAGUGGCAACUUCACCCUAGGCAGGAGGAGAUCGAGAAGCGCAAGCACCUGCAGCAAGAGGUGGAACUAGAUAUUCAGCGGUACAAGGAGCAACUGUCACGGAAGAAGCAGAGGGAAAUGGAUGAGAAGAAGAAGGACUUGGAUCGCCUCAAGAACAACUUCAUGUUAGACACACAUAAAUAUGGCCAUGGUGCUUCCAAGGGUGAUGGCGACCACAAGCGGAGGAAGUUUCAGGAGGAGGAGUUAUCUCCCCGAGCCAACCCUCGCUACAGAGACCCAACUUACGGUAUUCCUAAGAGACAGCUAAAUCACCCAGUAGAUGUGCCAGCAGAAGAGAAACCUAUGGAGCGCUGGACCUUGGAAGGGGAGACCAAGCAUCCUGACUUCUUUCUGAGCGAGCUGAGCAAGGGACAUGGCGGGGAGCAGCCCGCCAACAUGGACCACACCCUGCGGGGGGACGGCAUCAUCCGGUUCCAGGAGGAGGGACGCAAGUCUAUAGAGAACCGAUUCCGCUACAACAAGCCCCAGCAGGAGAAGGAGGAACUGAGGAGAGAUCUAGAUCGGCAGCAAGACGAGAGGCACCUUCGUGAACACUCUGAUAAGCUGAGAGAUCUGCGCCAGGAGAUCGAGAUGUUGAAGUCUUCCGACAACUAUGGCAAGCCAGGUGCAGGUGCCCCUAACAAGUCAUCAUCAGGUCGCCGCCUAAUGGUUCGAAAGAGGGUUCAAUUCAGCAAUGAUCCCCUCGAACAAAGGAAAAUAUCGCUAAGAGAGCAAUUUGAAGCUAACAAGAAGAAACUUGAGUUGAAGAGUCUGGAGCUAGAGCGCACCCGUGGUGGUGCAGGUGCUCCGGUGCUUGACACAGACGGUAAAACACUGACGAGGUUUCCCAUAACAAUGAAACGGGAUGACUUUGGAGUUGCAACCAUGAAAGAUAAAGUUGGCAACAACCGCUCCCAAGUUUAUGAGCCAGAAUCGGCAUUUUACUCCCCCUUUGGUCGUCCGGGGUGUGGAGCUCCCAUGAAGGACACAGAGGGCAGGAUAGUUGCCGUCUACCAGGGAAAACUCAGGGAUACUGCUUCUGCUGACAAGAUCAGAAAAACAAGGGCCGCUCUCAGCUACAGGAAGGAUCUUCAGCAAGAAAUGGAGGAACAAAAGAGGAACCGCGAGGACAUGGACAACUAUAUGAAGGCUCCAGUCGGUGAGCUGACGGAGAUCAUGAAAGAGGGACUUGUAGGGCGACCUCGUCGUGACCCCAUCACUGGCACACUGCUGAACCAGCACCUCGCAAACUCCGACAUAUCCAAACUGAAAAUGAACAAAGGAGACAACAAGCCGGUCAACUCAAUAAGGGAGUACCACGACUUCCUCACACACCAGGCACAGGAACGGGAACGCACCAAGAGACUGGACAAACUCCGAGACAAUCAGGAAUGGAAACAUCAUCAUGAUGUGUUUGGUACAAUGUUUGGCAAGAAGGGAGGCGGCGCACCAAAGGGAGAUAAUCUGAAGAAGGAAAGGCUGGACAACACCCUGUUUUCUCCAAGACGUGAUGCUAACGGAAAAUUGAUCAUGGAGAGAAAGGCUAUAACUGAUUUGGCUGAGCUUCCCUCGUGGAUGGAAGCGCCCCCUAGGGAGACACUUACUACACGGAGUAUGCCGGAGCACAAGGCGUAUGUCGGGGAUCAGAAUGGCGAGUACAGUUCCUCAACGAUGGGGCAGCGGUUUGUCAAGUCAACCAUUCCUAGCAAGCACUCCAACAUGUACGAGAUCCCAGACAGAAGGUCUUCAAAUCCCUACAGUACCCAGGCACCGUACGCCAUCCACAACUACUAGCAGUGUCGGGUACAUUCUCUCCACCAACCAGGAGGACAGUGUGUUCAGUCAUCAGUGGGCAACAAAAACCUGCUUAAUAAGAGAACUUAUCUUCAAGUCUGUUUUGUUUAUUGUCUCCAUUUUUCAAAAUGGAAAAUUGUUGAUUUUUUAUAUCACAUACUUAUUUACAAACCUUGAGAUGUAAAUUUGUUGACAUUUUGAAAUGUUGCAUUUGUUAGAAGAUAUACGGUUUCCUAAGUUAGUGUCUGUCUUCUGCAUUGUGAACUAUGUUAUGUUAUGCAGUGAAUGUUAGAGGAUGUGAAUAUUGUGUAAUUACUUUUUUGUACUAUUGAUAUGAUGAACAAUGUUUCAAAGCUACAUUCAACAUUUAAUGAUUACUAAUGUUUCAAGUUUUGUUUUUGUUUUGAACCUUGUUAAGUUCAUCAAUAAACCUGAAGCAACAGCCACGUCCCAGAAUAGGAUACAGUAAAACCUUUCAUCAUCACAAAGUACUGUUCGUUUAAGGAAAGCAUUGCUUGUUUAAGGAAAGCACUAGUAGGUUAUGGAAAUAAUGAUUAGUUUAAGGAAAGCAUUAUUAGUUUGAGGAAAGCAUUAUUAGUUUAAGGAAAGCACUAUUAGGUUAAGGAAAACAUUAUUAGGUCAAGAAAAGGACAAAUUGUUAGAAGAUAUCUUCUUUCUUACGAAAUUUUGUUUUGUUUACAAUGAAGAUUUAAAUAUUGCAGUUACUUUUUAAACAGUCAAACACAUCCAAGCUGCACAACCUCCUCUUCCAAUUAUUGUUAGAAGAUGAUGAGAGAUUUCAUUAAAGGCCUCGUUACAUAACCAAGCAACUCGUUACACAACAGAACAUGGAUCUCCAGAUACGAACAAGUUGUUUUUAGGAACAAAUUUUGCGUUUGUGAAAACUACAAUUUGUUAUAUGGUUUGUCAUUGAAGUCCUUAAUUCCUGUGAAUGAAAUGGGAGUGGCCCAGUCAUCUCAGGUGCCGCAAAUCACUGUGCAGAGUUGCGUCCCUUGGUCACACCGGUCCUGUGAUCAUGGGUUCGAAUCUCGAUUCGCCCUGAUUAUUUUUCUAUGUUUGUCAGCACCU